AUGGGUAUUGGAAGUUCUAGAAAAUGGUCCUUACACCACGGGGAGAAACCAUCAUUUGGAGCACAGCGCAGUCCAAGUGAAGAAAAACAUCGAGGAAGUUUCUUUCGACGUCGACGUUCCAUUCCAACUGCAUCAACUACUUUACCAACAAUGGUACAGCCAAUUUCUCGUCGUGCUCUUUAUGGUUCCUAUAGUGGUAUGAGACCCAUAGCACCUGCUUACUCACCAAUGCAACCCAUGUCUCCUUCGUUCUUACCCAUGCGUUAUAAUAACUAUUCAUCUCCUUCGUACGCACAACCGCAGCCGAUGAUGAUGCAAGCACAGCGUGCGGCACCGGCCAUGCCGGCCUCGUACAUGGCACUUCCCUCUCCCUCGAUGUCAACGCCAUACAUACAGCCAGCACAAGUACCUAUCCAGCAAGCACCUGUCCAACCAGCAUAUAGCACUGUCCCAGUUCAACCGCAAAUACCAGGAAGUAUGUCUGGAGGAACCGGUUCCUAUCCUCUAUCUUAUCCGUCACAACCCGGUCGACUUCUAACUGAUUGGACUGGCGGCGGUAAAAUUUCACCUGGCUUUCUUGGACCACCCAUCUAA